GGGAGCCCGGGCUCGGCGCCCCUGCCCUCCUCCCCCGCCGCCGCCAUGGGCUGCACCCUGAGCGCCGAGGACAAGGCGGCGGUGGAGCGGAGUAAGAUGAUCGACCGGAACCUGCGCGAAGACGGAGAGAAGGCGGCCAAGGAAGUCAAGCUGCUGCUGCUCGGUGCUGGAGAAUCUGGUAAAAGCACCAUUGUGAAACAGAUGAAGAUCAUUCAUGAGGACGGCUAUUCAGAGGAAGAAUGCAAACAGUAUAAAGUCGUUGUCUAUAGCAAUACCAUACAAUCCAUCAUCGCUAUAAUAAGAGCCAUGGGACGACUAAAGAUAGACUUUGGGGAAGCUGCCAGAGCCGACGACGCUCGGCAGCUGUUUGUUUUAGCUGGCAGUGCUGAAGAAGGCGUCAUGACGCCCGAACUCGCUGGGGUGAUUAAACGGUUAUGGCGGGAUGAUGGGGUCCAAGCCUGCUUCAGCAGAUCCCGGGAAUACCAGCUGAACGACUCGGCCUCGUAUUACCUGAAUGACCUGGACAGAAUAUCUCAAACCAGCUAUAUUCCAACUCAACAAGACGUGCUUCGGACAAGAGUGAAAACUACAGGCAUCGUGGAGACUCAUUUCACCUUCAAAGACCUGUACUUCAAGAUGUUUGAUGUGGGCGGUCAGCGGUCGGAACGCAAAAAGUGGAUUCACUGUUUCGAAGGGGUGACGGCAAUCAUCUUCUGCGUGGCCCUAAGUGAUUACGACCUGGUCCUGGCUGAGGAUGAGGAGAUGAACCGAAUGCAUGAAAGUAUGAAGCUGUUUGACAGCAUCUGUAACAACAAGUGGUUUACAGACACGUCGAUCAUUCUCUUCCUGAACAAGAAAGACCUCUUUGAGGAAAAGAUAAAGAGGAGCCCACUAACGAUCUGUUACCCAGAGUACACAGGCUCCAAUACUUACGAAGAGGCGGCCGCCUACAUCCAAUGUCAGUUUGAAGAUCUAAACCGAAGAAAAGAUACCAAGGAGAUUUACACCCACUUCACCUGUGCCACCGACACCAAAAACGUGCAGUUUGUUUUCGAUGCCGUUACGGAUGUCAUCAUUAAAAACAACUUAAAGGAAUGCGGACUCUAUUAACCGGAGCGAACCCCAGCGCAAGUUACCACAGCCCGGAGUGUGAAGAGCCAGACUUCUUUGCUGUCUCUCGCGGGACAGCCGCAAGCAUGAAUGGGACCAGGGAAAUGUCAGCAGCAUGCAGAAUCUUAGCAUUCUUUAGCACAAUUUUCUGUAUUAGGGACCUUAUAAUUGGUAUGAGUUGCUAAAGUCAAAGACAUUGGAAAUGGAACAACUAUUCGGUGUGAUUUGAACAUCCAGACAUCACUUGGAUUGCAUAAUCUCAAAAGCAUAGAGCUGUUGUGACAUUGAGAUGCUGCAUUCCAGAACUUCAAUAUGUAGCUUACUCUUGUUCCCCCCACCAGCCCCUCUUUGAUUAACAAACCACCACUAGUCUGUUUUUCAAGUUUCUUUUUUCAUCAAGACAACUAUAACUUGACUAAAUUUUAUUUCCUUGUUUGCAAAAUAAUCUUUAUUAAAAAAAAACAAACAAAAAAAACCACUUAACUAUGCACAUGAUGUGAUCAGAAUCCUGGAAGUAUUCCUCUUAGUAGGAACUCUUGGUUUUUAACUCUUGGUAUGGUCAGAAUUUAGUAUUUCCACAACAGCUUCAAGUUCUUUCUGGGUUCUUGUGGAUCUAGUUACAGCUUCUUCGGAUGUCGUGUAUGUUACCAUCCUGCUCAAAAUAUUGUCAUUGUUUUCUUAAAGGAAGUGAUGUGGAAAAUUCUGCAGUAAGAUAUUAGCCCUGUCUCUCUCUCCCUCCUCUUCCCCCCAACCCCCCUUCCUCAGUCUCCCUCCUCUCUCUGUCCCCCACCCCCCACACCCAAUGCUAACGGUUGAGGGUUAGCCUGGUUUAUGCUGAUUACCAAAUUACUAUUCUUCAGAUUUGAGGCUGUCGUAGUGUGCUAAAGCCAGUUUAGAGGGGAGAGGCACUGGCAGGGCACCUCCCACUUAAAGAGGUGAAUUGCCAAAUUCCAGACUGGACGAAAAGACAGUGCUGCUCCACACCUACAGAAGCAACAGCUCGCGUGUUCACGGUCUCAAUCAGGGGGGAUUUUGUAAAAGCUGCACCUCGUCCUCCAUCUAACAUGGCCUUUUCUAUUUGUAGACAUCAAAACUGUAUGAACCGUGCAUGCCUUUAUUUUGUAAAUGUGGUGCCAAAUCCCUGUUUGCCAUUGUUUCUACUGUAGUAACAUAGUCAGUAUGUCCUUUUGCCGAAGCUGUUUCAUGAUGGGGCUCCUUUUUCCACUUUGUCGUGUGUACAGAUUUCUGUCUGUUCUAGUUGUCAGCAGUAUUAAAAUGGUGAGUAAAGAGUCCA